GUGGUGCGCAGUGCAGCCGUGGCAGUGACACUUGCCCCUGCGGCCUGCCCUGCGAUGCCUGGCAUCCCGCGGCACACUCCAGUGACUCCACCGGUGAACUGUCAGCUCUGAACAUCACGCCACCGCCACCACCAAACAUGGCGAGCGAGAAGAUCCUGCCGGUACAGCUGUACGGCACGUCCUCUCUCUGCUUUGAUAAGGACGACUUCAUGAAGGAUGACUUCUCCGUGGAUGCCUUUGUGCGGGUGCAGCAGGCGGCGGGGGGCUCAGGGCUGGAGGUGCUGCGGGACCACCUGGGUGUGUACCUCAAGAUCCUGCGCAGUGCCAUGAUAGAACUCAUCAACAGAGACUAUGCAGACUUUGUUAACUUGUCCACCAACCUGACGGGCCUCGACAGACUCAUUGAGGCCCUCAAGACACCCCUAGGCCAGCUCAGGGAGGAGGUGCUGAGUGUGGAGCGGCUGUUGAGUGAAGCCAUCGCCACCACUGCACGGGACCUGGACCAGCGCAACAAGCUCACCCAACACAAGGCCCUCCUGCACCGCCUCUCACAGAUUGCCAACAGACUAGACCACCUGGAGGAGCUGCUGAAGGGUGGGGGUCUGCGUGGGGGUGGCGAGGGGGCCGGAGGGGGGACAGAAGUGGGGGGCGGGGGUGAGACGGGCCUGGUGGAUCGGCUGGCUGCGGAGGUGAACCAUCUCAACUUCCUGGUGUCCCAUUGUGAAGGUGCUGCUCUGCUAGAUGUCUUCAGGCCGAGAGUAGCAGAAGUGUGCCGGCUGGUGGGGGGGCUGGAGCGGGGCCUGAGGGAGGGGGUGCUGAACCGUGACCUCCUCCUGCAGCAGACCCUCCGCACCCACGCCAGCCUGGGGUCCACCGCACACGCCCACCGCCUGGUCCGCACCCUCAUCAGGAAGGAGGUGCAGGAGGUGAGUGAUCAACGAGGGGCCCUUCGCAGCAACCCCCGGGGCCUGCCAGGUCUGUACGCCAACACACUCACUGUCAUCAACUCUGUGUGUCAACCUCUGCUGGCCCUCACAACUGGACGCAGGCCGGAUGUGGUGCGUGGCUACAGCUUCCUGGAGUGUUCUGCCUGGCCGGAGGUGGUGUCGGCCCUCCACACCAACGUCAAUGGAAUAUUCAACCCCGGCAACCCUGCAGUGUUCCACAAGCGCUACCUUGAGACUCUGGACUUCCUGGACAGCUUUGAGGCUCUGCUGGGGUGUCGGGCUAAGGUCGCUGCCUUCAGGGACAACACCGACUAUAACAACUUCAUGCAACUCUGGAACCUGCCUGUGUACUUCCAGAUUAGGUACCAAGAGAUAGGGCAAGCAGUGGAAGCAUCUUUGAUCCACAAUGGUGACGGACUAACCCCCUGCACCUCCGCCCCUCCUUCUGCCCUGGCCUCCACAUCCGCCUCCACCCGCUUCCACCUGGCCUCCACUCGCACUGUCUGGGAGGCGGUGGUGAGGUGUUUCUCCACUGAGGUGUUCCUGCUUCCACUUCUCCACCGGUUCUGGAAGCUUACUCUGUUGGUCCUGGCUCGUUAUCGUACCUGGGUUAUCGCCACCACCACCAGGCUGAAGGACCCCACCCUGAGCCCCCAGCCCCAGAGGAAGGUAGAUGCAGCCCCCACCACCAGCAGGCCCAGUGGUACCAAGCCCCAGGAUGCCCCCACCUCCUUAGAGAAAGCCUCACACAGCAGUAUGUGGUAUAAAAGUGUUGAUUUGAUCAAGCAGUCUGGACAAGAAUUUCACCACCACCACUACUACCACCACCACCACUACUACCAGCACCACCACUACCACCACCAGCAGGAGCAGGAGGGAGGCGGUGGGCUGGUGAGAGAUGUGCUGUUGCUGUCGUCGCUGCUGCUGCCAGACUUGUACACCAACACCAUCCUGCCUGUCGUGCCACACCUUCCCCAGGACAAACUCACCCUGCUUAGAGAGGAGCUCAAGUCACAGAGCCACGCACUGGAGGGUCUUGUUGGUGAGCUGAGCGACACCAUCACCGACAGCCUAGUCACCGCCGGCACCCUCAGGCAGGUCGCGGACACCCCUCGCCUCUACCGCAGGACCAACCGCGCCCCUCCGUCCUCCCACCAGCCCUACAUCGCCUCUGCCGCUGCCGCACUCUCCACUUUUGCUGAGGAGUGUCGUGGGAAGGUGGAUGAGGCGCUGGUGGUGCUCUGGUUAACGAGAGCUGCUGGCCAGGUGUCCCAGAGGUACCGUGGGCUGACUUACGAGGUGCUGAGUUCGGCACACAAGAUGGAGGAGUCCCUGAAGAGGCUGAAGAGGGCGCGGGACAGGGGCACCGGUGGCGGGGAAGGGGCGACAGCUGGUCUCUCGGAUCAUGACAAGAUUAGGAUACAGAUUUGCCUUGAUGUGGAGUACUUUGGGGAGCAGCUGCGCGGCCUCUCGGUGGACGUGGAGGGCGUGGACUCCUUCUCCGCGCUGCUCACCAUGGUGCAGCAGGCGAGGGAUGGCUCCUUCGUGCCCUAGGAAUCCUGCUGCCUGUGUGUGUGUGUGUGUGUGUCCUGGGAAAUCAAAAGGGGCGUGGCUGUUUGUUACUCUCUCUCUCUCUCUCUCUCUCACUCUCUCUCUCUCUCUCUCAUGAAAGGUUAUUGUAUGUCAUUUCAUUAUGGUUGGCAAGACGCUGUGAAAAUAAUCAGUGAAAUGAAUAAUAAAGUUCAUGAAGUGUUUUUUUUUUUUAAUGAAGUAAAUAAAUAAGUUAAGAAUA